AUGGAAAGAAAGAACCAAACACAUCUGACAGAGUUUAUUCUCUUGGGACUGUCGGAUGACCCUACCAUCCAACCUCUCCUUUUUGCUACAGGGCUAUUGAUAUACGUGCUCACAUUAGCAGGGAAUCUGGCCAUCAUUAUUUUAAUACAGAUUGACCAACACCUCCACACUCCAAUGUACUUUUUGCUGGGCAAUCUGUCCUUUACCGAGAUCUGCUACAUCACCACCACCAUGCCAAAGAUGCUGUGGGACCUCCUGUCGGGGGACAAGACCAUCUCUUUUGUGGGCUGUGCGCUCCAAAUGUUUUUCUUUCUAACCACAGCAGCUACAGAAGGCGUCCUACUCUCCGUCAUGGCGUACGAUCGUUAUGUUGCCAUCUGCCAUCCAUUGCAGUACACAUUGCUCAUGAGCCAGCCUGUGCUCAGAUGGCUCCUGGCAACUUCGUGGGCCAUUGGAAGUCUUAAUGCUACUGUCAACACAGCCUUUGUUUUCUCCCUGAAUUUCUGCGGCCCUAAUAAGAUAGUGCACUUCUUCUGCGAUAUCCCACCUGUCUUGCACCUCUCCUGCUCUGAUACUUCCCAUGCUGAACUCGUGACUUUCAUGAUCUCUGGAAGCAUCAUGUCAGUAACUGUCUCCUUAAUUGUCCUCUCCUAUGUGCUCAUUGUCUUAUCGGUGCUCAAAAUCAGUACGGCUCAGGGCAGGAUCAAGACAUUCUCCACCUGUGCCUCCCACCUUACUGUGGUGAGUAUCUUCUACAGCACGGCCAUCUUUACUUACAUGCGACCUUCCUCCAGUCACUCUGUGGAAGACGACCGUGUGAUCUCUGUGUUGUACACCAUCGUUACGCCUUUGUUGAACCCUCUGAUCUACACCCUCAGAAACAAAGAAAUGCAGGCGGCACUUCUGAAUGUUCUUGGAAAGAAACAGCAUUGUCAGCUGUGA